UCCGCCCGCCCUCGGCUCCGCUGCCGCUGCCGCCGCCGCCGAGAUGCUCUCCCGGUCCCGCUGCGUGUCCCGAGCGUUCAGCCGCUCGCUCUCCGCUUUCCAGAAGGGGAACUGCCCUCUAGGGAGACGUUCCCUGCCUGGGGUCUCCUUAUGUCAGGGACCAGGUUACCCUGACAACAGGAAGAUUGUCAUUAACAGUAGCAGUGUCUUCACUGUUCGGUUCUUCAGAACAACAGCUGUGUGCAAGGAUGAUGUGGUUACAGUCAAAACCCCAGCAUUUGCAGAAUCUGUCACAGAGGGGGAUGUCAGGUGGGAGAAAGCCGUUGGAGACACAGUUGCAGAAGAUGAAGUGGUUUGUGAGAUUGAAACUGACAAGACAUCUGUGCAGGUGCCAUCACCUGCAAAUGGUGUGAUUGAGGCUCUUUUGGUACCUGAUGGAGGAAAAGUAGAAGGAGGCACUCCUCUUUUCACACUCAGGAAAACUGGCGCUGCUCCUGCUAAGGCCAAGCCAGCUGAAGCACCUGCUGCUGCACCCCCAAAACCAGAGCCUACGCCAUCAGCAGUUCCUCCACCCCCUGCAGUAUCCAUACCCACUCAAAUGCCACCGGUGCCCUCGCCCUCACAACCCCCUGCUAGCAAACCAGUGUCUGCAGUAAAACCCACUGCUGCCCCUCUAGUAGCUGAGCCAGGAGUUGGCAAAGGUCUGCGUUCAGAACAUCGGGAGAAAAUGAACAGGAUGCGGCAGCGCAUUGCUCAGCGUCUGAAAGAGGCCCAAAAUACGUGUGCAAUGCUGACUACUUUCAACGAGAUUGACAUGAGUAACAUCCAGGAGAUGAGAGCUCGGCACAAAGAUGGUUUUCUGAAGAAGCAUAACCUCAAACUAGGCUUCAUGUCAGCAUUUGUGAAGGCCUCAGCAUAUGCCUUGCAGGAGCAACCUGUUGUAAAUGCAGUGAUUGACGAUGCAACCAAAGAAGUGGUGUACAGGGAUUAUAUUGACAUCAGUGUUGCGGUGGCCACCCCAAGGGGUUUGGUGGUUCCUGUCAUCAGGAAUGUAGAAGUUAUGAACUACGCAGAUAUUGAGAAAACCAUUAGUGAACUGGGAGAGAAGGCCCGGAAGAAUGAACUGGCCAUAGAAGAUAUGGAUGGUGGGACUUUCACCAUUAGCAACGGAGGCGUUUUUGGCUCACUCUUUGGAACACCCAUCAUCAACCCCCCUCAGUCUGCCAUCUUGGGCAUGCAUGGCAUCUUUGACAGGCCGGUGGCUGUGGGAGGCAAGGUGGAGGUGCGGCCCAUGAUGUAUGUGGCACUGACCUAUGAUCAUCGGCUGAUUGACGGCAGAGAGGCUGUGACUUUCCUCCGCAAAAUCAAGGCAGCGGUAGAGGAUCCCAGAGUCCUCCUGUUGGACCUUUAGGAGGAACCACAUGCCCUACGCAUUGACCAUGCAGGAACUGAAAACCAGUCUUCUCCCUGCCCCCUCAUGGGUCCUGGGUUAGCCUGGUGAUAGACAGGCACAUGCUGUUGGCAUCAAGCAAGGAAGCCAGGGCUCUAUGUAACCAGCAGUUGCAGGUCCUUCUUGGUGUUCCUGACAGGCUCUCUUCCUCUCUGCACCCAUCAUGCACUCAAUGUCUUGCUUCCCUAGGCUUCAGUGUGGGGGGGAUAGAGAGAGAGAGAGAGAGAGAGCCUCAGUGGAUGCUCGUUAAUAACUCCUGCCUUUCUUCCGUCAGCCCUCCCUCUGCAGAGGUGAUUUUGCUUUUCCCCUGUGCCAGUACACUAUAGGGAAACCAUCAGGGACCAUGUGAGUUUCUGUCUUUUAAGAGUCUGUUCUCCAGAGACACCUCGGAAGGUGCCGUGCUCCCAAGCUAGAGCUGCCUCGUCCUGGCUGUGCACGUACUCACUUGGUUCCACUUGAGUGGAGGUUUUGACUACAGGCCAAGAGGUGCUUUGCUUCUUCAAUGGCACCUUCAUUCCCAGCUGUCACUGACUUCAACAUGCCUCUUCUACCUCUUCCAGGGAGCACAGGCCCGGGGACCUGGGUGGGAGCAGGGUAGGCUCUGUUGAGGAGAGUGGCGGAUAACUGAUAACUCCUUACCUGAGGCUGUAUAAGCAAGACCUGAGCGGAAUCAGACCUGUUGUUCUGCUCUGCCAUAGCCUCACACCAGGAAGACCACAGGCACAGUCGCACAUAGCUUCCAGGCUGCUAGCAACCAUUCUAGCUCAUUGUUCUCAUUUAGAGCAGAUUGUAGCACAUUGUGGCAGUGGGAAAGCGUAGUCACAGCCUAGGGCUGGGGCGAGGUAGACACUGGGGUGAGGGAAGCUCCCUGUGAACUGGCUCAGAUUGACUUGAGCUUUUUAAAUUCUGUUGGUAUAAGCAUGUGAACUGAAGAGGCAGUUCUGCUCCUUCCUGCAUUGUGGCCCUUAGGGAGCAGGCCUUUGCGCUUCUUCUGCGGAACACAGAUAGGGGAGGAUGGACUGCAGGAAACCAGCCCCAGGAUGUUAGUACAUGGUGGAGAAAUGGCUGACCUGUCAGUCUGGGCACAAUCAUUGGACUUCUUGGAGCAUGGUUGAACAUAUACCAGCUGAGAGGAAUUGGGCUUCGUCACCUUGUACCCAGCUACACAGGCCGAGCUGCUGACACCUGGCACAGGGAGCCAUUUCCGUGCAGAGUGCCCUUUGUAUCUGCAACAAAGGAGCGAGACCUGGGGGCGGGGUGGGGGAAAGGGAUGGGAGCCAAAACUGAGUGCCUGCAGCAUCUGCUCUGUCUUCACUAUUCAGAACUCAUAACUAAAUAUUUAAAGAAACUGAUUUUAAAUGCAAAUUAAAGGGCAAAUAUUCUCAAACUGGGUUUCUGAUUCUGCCGUCCUUUGGUUACUGAGUUUGUACAAGUUUCCAGUACUUGAUUGUGCAGUCCCCUUGUGCCUGCUAUCCCAGACUUUAGGCAGAGGUGGGACUCUUACCUACCACCUGGGAAAGCAUCCUGGAUUUUUUUCAGCCCCUUGAAUGAGCAAGCUGUACUGUUGAGAAAUUGGCUCUUACCUUUGUGAAGCCCCUUCAGAAUACCAGCAGAUACUUGGUUUUUGUGGGAGCUUUGAGUUAUUUAUGGAUGGACUGGGUGAGUUGGGGCCUACCAGGUAUGCAUCCUCAGUGCUACAUGUAUAUUAAGGUUUUUUUUUCCAGGUCACUACAGACACCAGGGUAGAUCACAUAGAAGUUAAGUCUGUGAGUGAACAGAAGAAGGCGCUAAUGUAGCUUAACUACAGGUGACUCGCAUGGUGGUCUCCAGGCUUAAACACAGCCCAGUCUUGCUAGCAUUGUUGCCAUUUCUGAAGGUAUGUCAGAAUGAAGUGACUGCAGAGGAUAGAACUAGUAGGUGGAAGAAACAGGUUCAGUGAAAAGAGUUUUUAAAUCAUUAGGUCCAAGGAA